AUGGAUUUCGUAAACAAAGCCAAAGAUGCCCUCAAAGGCAGCUCCUCAGGAAGCACCGGUACAACUACCAACAACACAGCUGGAAAAGAAGACUAUGGUGAUAAAGGCCUCGAUUUCAUCGAAAAGAAAACAGGACAUACAUUAUCCCGAGAACAAAAUGAGAAGAUUACAGAUGGAGCGAGGAAUUUGUAUGAGAAGCAGACUGGGGGUGGGGAUUAUGAUGUUGGGGAUGGGGUUAUACUUUACUUAUGA